ACAUUCUGCUGUCGGAGUUCAACACAGGGCUGACGCUGAUUAUGAUUAAGUUAAAAUAGGAUGUGUUUAAUUUCUUUUGGUGUGCUGCAGCAAACUAAAUGUAUCACUUCCUACUUGAGAACAAAAAGACAUGUACACACUCUGUGACGCCAUAGGCAAAGGCAGCUUUAUGCAGCUAUUAUCAUAUUUAAAUGUAAUGUUCUUCUGUCUUAUGAGCAUUACAACACGCUGUGUUCCAAGCAGUCUGGUUGUUUGAGCUUUGUGUAAAAGGGAAGGAAACACACGCUGAAAACUCAGAAGCAGAAGUUAAAACUUCAGAUCCAAUUGAUUUAUGAAAUGCGUCUUCUUUUUCUCUCCAUUUCCUGAUUUCUUCAAUUGCUUCAUACGUUUGAAGCUUUCUGUAAAAAUCUUUUCUCAUAAGCAGAGUGUCAGAGUCAGUGAGGACAUGAGGAUGGGACUCACUUUAGUUUGUGUGCCGGGGCUUUUCUUGAUGAAUAUUCUCCUCUACUGUGGACACGCUCAAGAUAUUUGGCUGUCCACUGAUCCAAACAGGUCCACUUUCUUUACUGGAGAGUCUGUUACCUUCACAUGUGACGUGAGGACAGGAGAAGAGACUGACUGGUUGUACUCAUUCAGGAGGAAUGGCGUUAAUUUUCUCGACUAUCGCACAGACAAGAUAAUUAGAUCACCACCUGUAACUCCAGGCUUCACUGGGGAAUAUCAGUGUUAUGCAAAUCACAAGAGAUCACCAGCUGUUUUCAUAGAAAGUAAUAAAGUGUCUCUAACUGCAACAGAUAAACCCAAGCCGGUCCUCACUGUGUCUCCAUUGUGGCCGAGUCCUGGAGACUCAGUGACUCUGACCUGCAGGGUUGAACAUCCAUCUGCAGGAUGGAGGUUCUUCUGGUACCAGGCUGUUCCCAAACUACCAUACUCCUACAGCUAUGAGCUGCUACCUGGUAGCUCCACUGGGACUGAAGAGGACUCCUUCAUUGUUCAUGGACAGACGCACACAGCAGGAUAUGUGUGCAGAGCUGGAAGAGGAGAUCCAGUGUUCUACUCUUCGUAUAGUGAACCUCAGUUCAUCUGGUCUGGAGAUUUCCAUCCAGCAGCGUCUCUCACAGUGAGACCUCCCAGAAUGCAGUUCUUCAGCAAAGAGUCACUGUCACUGAGCUGUGAGGGAAACUCUACUGAGUGGAGAGUGAGAAGGUUUAUUAAAUACCUGACAUACUGUUCUUCCUGGGGAACCAUGACUGGAUCUACAUGCAGCAUCAACUCUAUUGGGAUUAGUGGAGUGUACUGGUGUGAGUCUGAAACAGGACAGUUCAGUAAUGCAGCCAACAUCACUGUACAGAGCGGUGAUGUCAUCCUGGUGAGCUCUGUCCGUCCUGUGACUGAGGGACAUUCUGUCACUCUCAGCUGCAGGUUGAGGACAGAAAAGGUUCUUUAUAACGUGGAUUUCUAUAAAAAUGAAAAACUCAUCUCAAAUGAUGCCAGCGGGGAGCUGUUUAUCUCUGAAGUUACAAAGUCAGAUGAAGGUUUUUAUAAAUGUGAAGGAAGAGAUUCACCACAAGGUUUCAGGAGUUUGACGUCACCAAAGAGUUGGUUGUCAGUUAAAUCUGCAACAACAAGCUCUCCAGUUCCCGUGCUGUUGGUUGUUGGUCUGGUUUGUGGAGUUUCACUGAUUAUUCUGCUGCUGCUGGUUCUGUAUUGCUACAGAAAGUCAAAAGAUUCACGCCUCGUGAGGUCUCAGAGCACCAAUCAGAGCCCAGCUACAGACCACGUGACCAACCAGGUUGAAACUCAAAACAAUGCAUAUGCCUCUCUUAUCCAUGGGAAGAAUAAUGAAGCAGAAGAGAGCGCCGUUUACUCGGACGUGAAGAUGUCUUCAGCUGCAGACGACAAUGUGAUGUACGCCCAGGUUUACCCUCACAAUAAAGACAAGAGAGAUGAACGGAGAUCAAGAUCUGCAGAAGCGGAUGAAACUGUUUAUUCUGAAAUCAAACCAGGAACAUCUCGUGGUAAUAAUGCAGUGAUAAUUAAACAAUUUGUUUUACAUAUAGUCAAUAGUCCAGUAGAGUAACAUUUCUUGAAGCACCUUUAAGCACAUUUUAAAUAACGUUACUCUCUAUAUUCUUUUGUUCUCUUCCAGAUCAAUAAAGACAUGAAAAACAAAAUCUGUUUAAUCAAUAUUUGCAGCUUUUUAAAAAAUGUAAUCCUUGCGGGCAGCUUUGCUAUCUGACGAGUCUUUUGUACAGUUAAUCUAUUAGAAGAUGAUUUAAAAGAAAUCAUCACAUGUUUUUAAUCUUCUGUAUUUUUAAAAUGUUGGUUCUUUUAAAUGUGUCAAUAAACUUUUGUUUCCAAUA